UUGAUUGGUCUUUUUUUUUUUUUUUCUAAUCUGGAAAGGUCUUUCGAGAAUCUGUUGAAAAUUUCUGUUAAGAUGAAUUGAAGAUUGAUUGUGUGAGAUUAGUUAUAAGUUAUAACCUACCUACCUACCCUGUAAGAGAACUUUGAUCUUUCAAGGGGAUCAAAGAAUUGUAGAAUUCAAAAAAAAAAAAAGAAAAACUUUUUAGGAGACUUUGUGGUAUUGGUUGAAGGGAAGAUCAAAUUAGCAUUGGCACAAACAAUUAUUACAAAGCUUGUUUCGUAAGCGAGGAUAAAAGUCGAAAAAGGUUGAUUCCUUGCCCAAACAGAGAGGGCUACACUAGCCUUUAUACUCGGGCAACAUUUGAGGAAGCAUAUUGAACUGCAUGUUUGUAUCAGGUUUCAGUGACAGGAGAGUUAACUGAACGAACUUGAAGAAUUGAAGGCCGGAAGAUCACUUCGCUAUGGCAAAGAAAAAAUUACAGAAACGCCCUUCACGACAUGAAAGAGACAAUGCAGGUUGUAUGUGGGGUUUAAUUAGCAUAUUUGACUUCCGUACUGGUAGAUCCACCAAAAGAUUGCUUGGAGAUAGAAGACGAUUAAGCAAGGAAGCUAUUGUCGCAGGUGGUGGACAUUCGAGUAACCAAACAAUUCUACUAGGUUUGACCGAAAAACACGAAACUCUAGCGGAUGCUGAAGAAAGUAAGAUGCUUAUGUCUGAAGUUGCUAAAACAAGUGUUAAGGAACUCAUGGAAGAAGAGAUGUUCAACGAGCAAGGUUCAACGUUAAACCAGCUAAAUGAUUACGAAAAUGGUUCAGGAAAAAACGAUUCGAAAUAUUUAAAUCAUACGAAAAAGGAUCAGAAGAGAAACAACGCAAAACCGUCAGAUAAUCUUGAUCUGGAAAUUAUAAUGGAAGAGUUGGCUCACAUUCAUCAGAAACAAAUCAAUCUUGAAAUACCACCUGGUGAAGAAAAGUUAGUCGAAGCCUUAAAACUGUUCAUCGAACAGAGACUGAGCAACAACAGUAAAUGCUUUGAGGAAGACGAUUUCACCGAUGCUCUGCAAGCACUGAGUUUAAAUAAAGGUUUGUUCUUGAAACUAUUACAGGAUCAAGAUUCCGAUUUGGUUAAGCGCAUUCAGACAAUAAUCGAUGCCAGAUUAAGUAAAGACCAAACACCUGAUUCUUCACCUGCUAAUUUGUCCGAAGAAAAGCCGCUAAACUCGAAAUCCGAUGAUGUAAUAAGCACCCCAAAACAGCGAAAUUUCUUCCGAAGAAGGAGCAAAUCAGUGGAUAGCAAUCCCUUGGGUGAAGAAGACAAGGAUUUUCAAUCUCGGGAUAAAAUUGUCAUUUUAAAACCUGGCCCAGAAACCGAAAACAUGGAUAAUAAGGCAUCUCAGUUCUCUUUCACCGAAAUCAAAAGAAAGCUAAGGCAUGCAAUGGGAAAAGAGAGACAGGGUAUAUCUCUUGAUAGACUGGUUCUCAAAAUUCCUCCAAAGGCUCAAAAUUGGAGCAACGGCGAUAAAGCGGGACCCACCGGAGAAAACAUCGGGUGGAGUUCUCCGAAUAGAAACCACUUCUAUACCGAAAAAUUUGCAGUAGUAAAAGAAAAUGGUUCGCCACUUUCGCCAGUGGUGAAUAAAACUUAUCAAUAUCCGAAAGUUGGUGGAUCGAAUAUUUAUAUUGAGGCUAAGAAACAUCUGUUAGAGAUGAUGGAGAAUGGAGAAGAAAAUACGGAGUCGGUGGGUGGGAAAUUGCCUAAGUCACUUGGUAGGAUUCUUUCUCUGCCCGAGUAUAGUGGCUUUUCGCCUUCCUUGAGCCCGAGAAAACACGGUGAUGAGGUUUUUAUUACAGCCCAGAUGAGAUUAUCCCCACGUGGUGUAGGUAAGAAUGUGAGUGGACUUUUGCAAGAAAAAAAUGAUCUUUUAAGCCCACGAGCGGAGAAUGUGGAUAAAGUAGAGUCAUUGGAGAAAUGUUCUUUAGAAGUUCAAUCCUUUAAAGAAGAUACUAUAGUUUCUGAAGAUCAAAGUUCAUCUUCGAUAGUUGUGGAAAUUGAAGAAAUGGCUGAAUCAAGGCUUGAAGAAGAGGAAGAAAAGACGAUUAAUAUUUCAUCUGAAUCAUUUAGUAAUUCAAUUGAUGGAGAUAUCGAGAAAGGAGAUAAUGAAGAAAGUGUUUCCCCGGGCUUGAAAUCGCAUUUAUUUGGAGAAGAUCAAUUUUUUUCUUCUCCGUCACACCAUACAGUAAGCAUCAACAUAGAAGAUCCAGAUUGUGCAAUCGACAAAACGGGUCGACCCAGCCCCGUAUCCGUUCUCGAUCCAUUAUUCACAGAUGAUGAUGUCAGUCCUGCAAGUACCAUAUCUCAACCAGUAGGAAAAGAAAUUCAGCCUCGGCAAAUCCACUUCGAGGAACAAUCUUCAACCACCGACCAAGGAUUAAUCUGUACAAGAAUUUCUCUCGAAGAAGUCGAAUCAGCAUUCGAAUACGUCGAAGCAGUAUUGUUAGGCUCGGGUUUGAACAUGGACGAAUUUAUGCUGAGGUGGCACUCUUUAUCUGAAAUCCUCGAAGACUCACUAUUCGACGAGGUGGAAUUAUUCUCGAGCAGGCCCCGCCAUGAUCAAAAACUGCUCUUCGACUGUGCUAACGUAGCUCUAAAGGAACUGUGCCAGGGGUAUUUUGGUAAAUCACAAAAUAUUCGACCGGUUCCUAAAGGGAUGGAUCUUAUUCAAGAGAUAUGGAAAAGAGUUGAAUGGUGUUUGUUUCAACACCCUCAGCCUCAUUCUUUGGACAAGCUUGUCAAAAGGGACUUGACAAAAUCCGGAGAUUGGAUGAAUCUUUUAUCGGAUAUUGAGGUUAUUGUUUUCGAAAUGGGGGAGACCAUUUUCGAUGAAAUAAUUGAGGAUGUUGUAAUGAACUUUGCUGAGGUGGACAUCAGUUUGUAGAGUGUAAUAACCGACUUGUUUCGAGCUAAUAUCGCGUCGUGAGUUUCCUAGUUGAUAAAUUAGGUCGAAAAAACGUGUAUUUUCGUUUAUGACCAAUCAGAAGAUGAGUGAAAUCUUUG